CGAAAAUAUUAUUUAUCGAAAAAGGUGUAUAACGCGAGUGUAUCUUGAAAAACCACCAUGAAAUCAGCAAAAUCGAAGCAGAGGUUGAAUGAAAUGAGGACGCCGGCUAGAAGUAAGCAAAAUCUAUAUACUGGUGAUAGAGAUCCAGUACAUGUUUACUGUCGCCUGCGACCUAUGCAAAAGGAUACUGAUAUAGCGUGUAUGAAGAUAAUAUCACCUACGACAGUACUUCUGACGCCUCCAAGCUCAUCUAUAAACUACAGAAACGAGAAUGUCAAGACAAUGGAAUAUACUUUCAAAGAGGUAUUCCCACCAGAGACUUCGCAACAAGAAGUAUUCGAUAAAGUAGCGUUACCAAUAGUCGAGGGUCUAAUAAAAGGUAAAAACGGUUUAUUAUUUACUUAUGGAGUAACUGGUAGCGGUAAAACAUUCACAAUGACUGGUGAACCUCAAAAUUGUGGUAUUUUACCUAGAGCUUUGAAUAUUAUUUUCAAAACAAUAAAUGACUUUCAAGCACAUAAAUAUGUGUUUAAACCAGAUAAAAUGAAUAUGUUCGAUAUACAAACAGAAGCUGAAGCCAUGUUAGAGAGACAGCAAGAACUUCAUAAGUUAAAAAGUAACAGAAAAAAUAAUUCAAACCCUGAUUUAGCAAUGUCUUCUACUGAUAUUACUAAAGUAGAAGGUAUCAAUGAAGAUAAUCAGUAUGCAGUAUUUGUAACUUAUGUUGAGAUCUAUAAUAACAGUGUGUUUGAUUUGCUUGAAGAUGGACCAAUAAGUAAAAAUCUACCAGUGAAACUUAUAAGGGAAGAUGCGGCACAUAAUAUGUAUGUCCAUGGAGUCACUGAAAUUGAAAUAAAAUCAGCUGAAGAAGCAUUUGAAGCAUUCUAUUUAGGUUUGAAAAGGAAAAGAAUGGCACAUACAACAUUAAAUGCGGAAUCGAGUCGUAGUCACUCUGUAUUUACAAUAAGAUUGGUGCAGGCGCCAGUUGAUGAAAUAGGUGAAGCCGUUAUACAAAACAAGAAGUUUCUUUCAAUUAGUCAAUUGAGUUUAGUUGAUUUAGCAGGCAGUGAACGUACUAAUCGUACAAAAAAUACUGGUCAAAGAUUAAGAGAAGCUGGCAAUAUUAAUAAGUCUCUCAUGACGUUGAGGACUUGCUUAGAAAUUUUAAGAGAGAACCAAACUGGUGAUAUGAAAUCUAUGGUCCCAUAUCGUGAGUCCAAGAUCACACAUUUAUUUAAAAAUUUCUUUGAGGGAGAAGGACAAGUUCGUAUGAUUGUUUGUGCUAACCCUCGAGCAGAAGAUUAUGAUGAAACAUUACAAGUGAUGAGAUUUGCAGAAAUGGCUUCUGAAGUUGAAGUGACUAAGCCACAAAUCCAUAAUGUUGCUGCCUCAAUUGGCCUUAUGAGUGGCAGACGCAAAGCAAAUAGGUUGUUUACAACAGCAAGAGAUAAUAUCAUCCGUCCUGAAGCUAAAGAUUUAGAGUUAGACUUGGGCUUAGUAUACAGCCUUGGACCUGAUUUCCCUAGUUUGGAACUUAACAGUUCACAAGCAUCACACAUUAUCAAAGAACUAAUGGCUCAUUUAGAAAUGCGCUUGAGUAGAAGAGAAGCUUUAAAACGAAGUAAAGCUCUUAAAGAUGAAAGGCUAAGGUCUGCUUUAUUGGAAAUGGAAAAAGACUCAUUGGAAGUAAGGAGUGAAAAUGCAUCGCUAAGAGGUCAGUUAGCUGCUGCAGAACGUCGCGUGCGAGCACUAGAAGAACGCUUGACUGCUACAGAAAACGCUUCUCUGACACACCAACGUAAACUUGCUGAGUUGACUGAGUAUUCAUCAUCUUUGAAGCGUGAACUUCAAGAAAAAGAGCUACUGUUAAAUCAGAACAAGCUUGAAAAAGAGAAACAGAAAAAGAUUCUAGAAAGGAAAUAUAAUCACAAAAUUGCUGCUGAACAUGAAAAAGCAAAGGAAAUACACACUGAAAAGGAGAGAUUGAAAAAUGCUAUAGAGGAGAAAGAGAAUCGUUUGAGGAUCAUCGCUGAAGCAUUGCAUUUAGACAGAGGAGACAAUGAUAUUGUUAUACCAAAGAGUAUGGGUGAUGUAGCAGCACAAACUGGUAGAGAUUUUACUCCUGGGUCGACACCUAGAGCUUUACCUGCACAUCUCUUGACACCAUUCAGUUCUGUUCCUCAAACAAGAGAUACACCAGCAUCUUCGAGGCGUGGCGUCGCCGUCGCCAAUCCAAGACAUAAGAGGUCUUUAUCAGCUGAUGGUCGUGGUUGGGUUGAACAUGCUCCUAACAAACUUGUGCCAAUGGGAACAGUGAUGAAACCGAACAUAUCACAUAGUAAAGUUGUGAAUAAAUUGAAGUCUGUAAAAGAUAUAGCUAAUUCGAAGACAUCAAAAUAUUGUUUGAUAUCACAAGAGCAAGAUACAGAUGGAGAACUGGAAACCAAAUUGUACAAAGGUGAUAUUGUUCCCACGUGUGGUGGAGGUGCUCAAGUUAUUUUCAAUGACGUUGAAAUGUUGAAGCAGUUUUCACCCAAUAGGGACUCUCAGACAAGAAUCUCUGGAACGGGUACUUCAUGUGCAAGACAUUCUGGUAAGAGAAGAGAUACCGGUUGUUCUCCUCCUCAAACACCUUCCAACACUAGCAAGAAGCAAAGGGUUGAUGACGAUUAAAUCUAUUUAGAGAGCAAUUAAGACCAUUUUCAAUUUUAAGAGGACACAAUUUAUAGAGAUAUAAAUUCAUAGUUUUCAUUUUUAAUUCCUAUUGAUUGAUUAAAAUUAAUAAGAACAAAACACAGAUGAAAUAUUUGAAAUAAAAUUACGAAGAUUAGGUACUUUAUCAAAGUGGAUUCAUAAUAAAAAACAAUAUGUUUUAAUUUUUUGAAGUAAAAAUGAUGAUUGUCUUAUAAUAACGAAGCUGUUUAUGUAACUAUUAUUAUGUUGAUUUUUCUCAAGUUAAUCUUUUCAAUAUUUAUCUCAUAAAUUGACAACAUUGUUUGAACUCCAUGUAAGAAAAUAUUAAGAGAAGUAUUAUUCCAACGCCAUUUGUACGUUUGGGCCAGAGUUUUCCACUUUUUCUUGUUAGACUUUAAAAAAAAUACUAUAUUAUGGUGCAUUUCUAUGACGUUCUUAAAUUUUGUCAGAAAUGUCUAGAUU